UUUCUCUCUUUCUUUCUAUCUUUCUCCAAAGUUUGUCUUUCUCUCUCUAGUUCGGGAGAGGACGAACCAGACAUGGUUUCGACGAGACGAAGUGGAUCUCUACCCGGUAACAAUAGCAAGAGAUCUUCGUCGUCCGAGGAGAAACCUCCGUCGCCGAAGCGUCAGAAGGACGACAAUGGGGUUGUAGAGAAAUCGACGUUGGCUGAGAAUUCGAAAGAAUUGGGUUCACCUCAAGCGGUGGAUCCAUCUGGGUCGGUUGACCCUCCUACCGGUGGCGGCAACGAGGCUUCGAGUGUCGGAAAAGGAGGAGAGGCGGCUCAGACGGUUGGUGUCACAGCACCGAUCGCUGAGGGGUCUUCGCCCGUUGUGGUUGAUAAACCCAGAAAUUCAUUCUCUUCGUGGAGGAACACCAAUUUUGAAAGUCCCUGGUGUAGACUUCUGUCACAGUAUCCACAAAAUCAGAGUGUUUCUAUUUAUACAUUAAAUUUCACCAUUGGUGCGAGCAGACAGAGCAGUCUUGUAUUAAAGGAUCAAACUGUUAGUGCAAAUCUAUGUGUAAUCAGGCACACACAGCGCGAAGGCACUUCUGUUGCGGUGCUCGAAAGCAGGGGGAGCAAAGGAUCUGUGCAAGUAAAUGGAAAAUCUAUUAAGAAGAAUACGAGCUGUGUCCUCAGUUCUGGGGAUGAGGUGGUGUUUGGCUUGCUGGGGAACCACGCUUAUAUUUUCCAGCGACUAUCAACUGAUUCUGUUCUCAAGACUCCUCCAUCAGUUGGUGGAGCAGAGGCUCAGAGUAGUGUAGGAAAAUUGCUGCAGAUUGAAAGGAGGGCAGGGGAUCCUUCAGCUGUGGCUGGGGCUUCUAUUUUGGCAUCUCUCUCGAGCCUGCGGCAAGACUUGUCACGGUUGAAGCCUACUGCUCAAACAAGUGGUAAAACACACCAAGGGAGUGAGCUGCCCCCACUUCCUGUUGUUCAUGACAGUAUGGAGAUUGAGCUCGAUGGUUUAGAAGUCAAUUCAUCAACAAAUGUUGGGAGUGAUAAAGCUGCAGACGUCGGAGAAACUAGCAAGAUCAUGCCGCUCGGUGGCAACCCGGACUCUGGCAUAGAGGCAGGCAAUGUAAAACUUUCUGGGCUGAAUGAUUUGCUAAGGCCUUUAUUGCAGAUGUUAGCUCCGUCGACUAGUUGUAACCUGAAAUUGAGCAAAAGUAUCUGUAAACAGGUAUUUGAAGAACGAAAUGAGUGGACCAGGGAUUCACUGCCAGCAUCAACAUCGGGUAUGUCUCUAAGAUGUGCAGUCUUUAAAGAAGACAUUCAUGCAGGGAUUCUUGAUGGCAGAGACAUAGAAGUUUCAUUUGACGAUUUCCCAUAUUAUUUGAGUGAAAAUACAAAAAAUGUGCUGAUUUCGGCUUCUUAUAUACACUUGAAGCACAAAGAACAAGUUAAAUAUACGUCUGAACUUCCUACCGUGAACCCGCGAAUUUUGCUUUCUGGUCCUGCAGGGUCUGAAAUAUAUCAGGAGAUGUUGGCGAAGGCACUUGCCAAGUACUUUGGGGCUAAAUUGCUUAUAUUUGAUAGCCAUUCAUUUUUGGGUGGUUUAUCUUCAAAGGAAGCAGAGCUACUGAAAGCGGGAUAUAACACAGAAAAAUCUUGCAAUACUACAAAGCAAGGUUCUGGAGCCACCGACUUAGCUAAAAGCACUUCUCCUGCAGUUGCUGAAGCAGAUACUCCUAGCUCUUCAAAUGUUCCUUCUUCUGUUGGCUUGGAGUCCCAACCAAAGUUGGAGUCUGACACUGUACCGUCUUCUUUGGGGACGUCGAAGAGUCCCUUUAAAACAGGUGACAAAGUGAGAUUCACCGGGUCUCCUUCUGGCAGCUUAUAUUCAACGUCAUCUCCUUCAAGGGGCCCAACUUUUGGGAGUCGAGGGAAGGUUGUAUUACCUUUUGAAGAAAAUCCUUUAUCAAAAAUUGGUGUUAGAUUUGAUAAGCCCAUACCUGACGGAAUUGACCUAGGGGGUGUCUGUGAGCCGGGUCAUGGAUUCUUCUGUAAUGUUAAUGAUCUUCGUUUGGAAAGCACUGGUGUGGAAGAUCUGGACAAGUUACUCAUUAGCACUUUAUUUGAGGCUGUGUUAAGUGAAAGCCGAAAUUCUCCCUUCAUUUUGUUUAUGAAAGAUCCUGAGAAGUCCAUUGUUGGAAAUUCAGAAUCGUAUUCAACAUAUAAAAGCAGGCUUGAAAAGCUCCCUGACAAUGUUGUCAUAAUUGGUUCGCACACUCACACUGACAACCGUAAAGAAAAGUCACAUCCUGGUGGUUUGCUUUUCACAAAAUUUGGCAGCAACCAGACUGCUCUUCUUGACUUGGCUCUCCCGGAUAGUUUUGGGAGACUACAUGACAGGGGGAAGGAGGUUCCCAAGGCAACAAAACUCCUGACAAAACUUUUCCCUAAUAAAGUAACCAUUCACAUGCCUCAGGAUGAGGCGCUUCUUGUUAGUUGGAAGCAUCAAUUGGAUCGAGACUCUGAAACCCUCAAAAUGAAGGGGAAUCUAACCCACCUGCGCACAGUCUUGAGUCGGAGUGGGUUGGAAUGUGAUGGACUUGAAACAUUAUGCAUCAGGGACCAAACUCUUACAAAUGAAAGUGCGGAGAAGGUAGUUGGAUGGGCUUUAAGCCAUCAUUUAAUGCAGAACCCCCAGGCUAAUGCUGACACAGGGCUUGUUUUGUCAAGUGAGAGCAUUCAAUAUGGGAUCGGAAUUCUUCAUGCUAUCCAGAAUGAAUCCAAGAGCUUGAAGAAGUCACUCAAGGAUGUUGUGACAGAGAACGAAUUUGAAAAAAGGCUUCUAGCUGAUGUUAUUCCACCCACUGAUAUUGGAGUCACAUUUGACGAUAUUGGAGCCCUUGAAAAUGUUAAGGAUACAUUGAAGGAGUUGGUGAUGCUUCCUUUACAGAGACCUGAGCUUUUCUGCAAGGGUCAACUGACUAAGCCUUGCAAGGGUAUACUUUUAUUUGGCCCCCCUGGAACUGGAAAGACAAUGCUUGCAAAGGCUGUUGCUACGGAAGCUGGUGCAAACUUCAUCAACAUUUCCAUGUCAAGCAUCACAUCGAAGUGGUUUGGAGAGGGUGAAAAAUACGUGAAGGCUGUCUUCUCGCUUGCUAGUAAAAUUGCCCCUAGUGUUGUAUUUGUGGAUGAAGUUGAUAGCAUGUUGGGACGGAGGGAAAACCCGGGAGAACACGAAGCCAUGCGUAAAAUGAAAAAUGAAUUUAUGGUGAAUUGGGAUGGCUUGCGAACAAAAGACACAGAACGCGUUCUGGUACUUGCAGCCACAAAUAGGCCGUUUGACCUUGAUGAGGCCGUUAUUAGAAGGCUGCCGCGUAGAUUGAUGGUUAAUUUGCCAGAUCCUCCAAAUAGAGCCAAGAUUCUGAAAGUGAUACUAGCAAAAGAGGACUUGUCUCCUGAUAUUGAGUUGGAAUCAAUUGCUAGUAUGACAGAUGGAUAUUCAGGAAGUGAUCUUAAGAACCUUUGUGUAACUGCUGCACAUCGCCCCAUCAGAGAGAUCUUGGAAAAGGAAAAAAAGGAGCGCGCUGCAGCACUAGCAGAAGGUAAACCCCCUCCGGCACUGAGUGGAAGUGGUGAUAUACGGCCUUUAAACAUGGAUGACUUCAAAAAUGCUCAUGAACGGGUCUGUGCAAGUGUUUCUUCCGAGUCCAUAAACAUGACUGAGCUUCAACAGUGGAAUGAACUCUAUGGUGAAGGAGGUUCCAGGAGGAAGAAGGCUCUCAGCUACUUCAUGUGAAGGCUUCUCAUCUGUACAAAAAGGUUCUUUACCCUCGCGUAUUCUGUACCUUUCUCUCAAAACCCUAACGAAGUUGCUGCUCUCCGGACUGCUGUGAAGCCUUCUUGUUUGUAAAAUGAAGUAUAGGUUUUUUGAAUUUAUACUCUGUAUCCUUAAGUUAGUUUUGGGAUGGUUGGUGUAAAGGUGGUGUAGCCUUCCAACUUUUGAUGUCGUGGCUGCGCCGCUUUUGUUUUGUUUCCCCAUCUCCAUGCAAGAGGACUGUCUUAUUUAAGUUAUAAAUUUUUUUCUCAAUAUAUAUUUAAGUUAUUUACUUGUAAGACAGAAAGGAAUCUAAAUUCUGUGCAUAAUGUUUAGUCAA